GCCUUUUCAUUGUGUAGUUGAAAGCAUCAAAGUGCUCCACGAGUAAUUCUCAGCUGAGAUAAUAUAGUGUAGCAGUGAGACAGUAGCGGGUGUCAAAGCGCUCCUCCCUAACGUAGGCGAGCUCUUGUUAUCUUGAGUUUUUGUACUGAGAACGCAUAGUGCAGGCGAGAGAUAAAACGAGAAAUGAUUCAGCGCUGGGAGCUACACUAUAAGGGUCUGCCUAUGAAUCAUUCAUUCAGAAGCUCUCUGGUGGUUGAGAAUUGAGAAGAGCUCGCUCAUCUAUAACGCUCCAUCUGAAGAGACACGGGAGGACGUCUCCCUUAUGGUGCCUUCAUCUCUCUUUCUACGCUGUGUGUUUGCAGACCGGUUUUAGCUGACUGGGCAGGAAAUAAAUCCCUGGACAGUGGCAUUGCCGAGAUGGAGGAACUUCCAGUUCCCCAGAGCAUCAAAAUCAGCAACAUCACAUGCGACUCCUUUAAAAUCUGCUGGGAUAUGGACUCCAGGUCCAAGGAACGCAUCACACACUACUUCAUUGACCUCAACAAGAAAGAAAACAAGAAUGCUAACAAGUUCAAACACAAGGACGUCCCAACCAAACUGGUUGCGAAAGCAGUUCCUCUGCCCAUGACAGUGCGAGGACACUGGUUUCUGAGUCCACGCACCGAGUACACUGUGGCCGUUCAGACCGCAUCCAAACAGGGCGAUGGAGAUUACGCCGUGUCGGAGUGGAGCGAGAUCAUUGAAUUCUGUACAGCCGAUUAUUCCACUGUUCAUCUCACACAGUUGAUGGAGAAAGCUGAAGUCAUCGCCGGCAGAAUGCUGCGGUUCUCAGUCUUUUAUCGAAAUCAGAACAAGGAGUACUUUGACCAUGCAAGGGAGGACCAAAACAACAAGAUGUUGCCGUCAGUGAAGGACAACAGUGGCAGCCAUGGUUCGCCCAUCAGCGGGAAGCUAGAGGGCAUCUUCUUCAGCUGUAAUACCGAGUUCAACACAGGCAAACCCCCUCAGGACUCACCAUACGGCCGUUACCGUUUCCAGCUGCCAGCCGAGACGCUCUUCAGUCCCAAGACAAACCUGUAUUUCGCCGACUUCUACUGCAUGUACACGGCAUAUCACUAUGUCAUUUUAGUGGUCGCGCCGAAAGGCUCACCUGGAGACGAGUUCUGCAAGCAGCGCCUUCCAGCGCUGGAUAUCGGUGACAACCGUUUUAUGACGUGCUCGGAGGAUGAAGAUGGCCAACUGGUGUUCCACCACGCGCAGGACCUUAUCCUGGAGGUCAUCUACACCGAUCCCGUGGACCUGAGCGUGGGCACGGUAGCUGAGAUCAGCGGCCAUCAGCUCAUGAGUAUGUCCACAGUCAAUGCCAAGAAGGAUCCCAGCUGCAAGACCUGCAACAUCAGCGUGGGACGCUAAGCUAUGAAACUGAACCCUUCUGCUGCCUUGAACGGCUCAGAAAAAUCGCCUUCUCCUUUAGCCGUCCUUCUUACCCAUUGUCCUACCAUCAAACUUAUCCAUAAUCCAUUCCCGGACAGCAACAAAGUGUCUGCCCAGGUCCGGGCAAUGCACACAAAAUGUGGGCCGGAUCUGGGCCGACACUAUGUUGCUGUCUGGGGUAAGGAUCCUUCGCAGCAUGUGUCUCACAGCUUUUGACAAAAGGCUCCUUUUCUUUUACUAGCUUAUGGAUCUCCCCCCGGGGUCAGGUUAGAUAUGUUGUUUUGUGUUGGGAUGUUGACCUGUCAAUCAAACUGCUUCUUUAAAGGAUUAGUUCACUUUUGAAAAAACUUUUGCUGAUAAUUUACUCACC